AUGCUGAAAUUCUUCCAAUCAGAGACCCGUAAUUUGUCAACCGAAGGCUCCUGGGGGAUCGACUCGGGUCUCCAUCGUGGAAAAUCCGGGGCAUUCGGCAUUCCCGAGCACCUCGGGGCGAAACACCGAGCGAGCAGUAAGCACCAGUCCUGCCUGCAUGUCAGCAUUGCGCAAGUCGCGACGUGUUUGACGGGUGAUUUAAAGCUAUUGCAUCAAUCUGUCAACUACGUGUUCCUUGUCGCAUGUAGCUUGGAGUACUCUGCAUUUGGGAAGGUUCCUGAAGAAGCGCAUCUCCGCAUUAUCGUCGUCGGCGCGGGUCUGAGCGGUCUCGCGACGGCCAUCUCCUGUGCUUCCCACGGCCACUCGGUGCAGGUCAUCGAGCAAGCCAAAGAGCUAGCUGAGGUUUGUCUUACCUCCCUGGCCAAUUUCAGCACUAUCUCAGCUAAGAUUAAUCCGCCGGAACAGGUCGGUGCAGGCCUCCAAAUCACACCCAACGCCUCGCGUCUCUUCCACCACUGGCAACUCCCCAGCAGCAUCUGGACCGACGCAGCGGAACCAACAUCCCUCACGGUGCACCGCUACACAGGGCAGAUCCUGGCGCAAGAAAACGAAUUUGACCGAAACAUUCGCGCCAAAUACAACAACUCACCAUUCAUCGACCUCCACCGUGUCGAUCUCCAACAGGCGCUAUUCGCUCGCGCCAAAGACCUCGGCGUCACAUUCCAUCUCGACACGCGGGUCGAGCGAAUCGACUUUGCCACUUCCACCGUCUACACGCCCUCCCCCCAGGGUCGCACGUUCACAGGGGACCUGAUUGUCGCAGCGGACGGGCUGUGGUCGAAAUGUCGAGAGUGCUAUGAGGGCCGGAAAGACGACCCCCUUCCGACGGGGGAUCUAGCGUAUCGGAUUGUUUUGAACGCGGAGCAAAUUCGUCCCGAGGAUGCGGAUCUGCGGCAGUGGGUUGAGAGUCCGCAGUGUCAUUUCUGGGUUGGGCCCGGGGCCCAUGUAGUGGCUUAUUCGUUAAGAGGGGGAAAGAUGUUUAAUAUUGUUUUGUUGGUGCCAGAUACCUUGCCGCCUGGGGUGUCGAGGCAGGCGGGCUCGGUGGAUGAGAUGAAGGCGUUGUUUACUGGGUGGGAUCCUGUGUUGACUCGAUUCCUCAACUACGUUGAUAACGUCGACAAGUGGAAACUGAUGCAUCACGGAGAAAUGGAAACUUGGGUUAACGACAAAUCAAACCUCGUCUUCAUGUACGUACACACUCCCUCCCAAGCCCACCUCCCCAACCAUCUAACCAAAGACGAAAAAAACAGCGGCGACGCCUGCCACCCCAUGCUCCCCUACCUCGCACAAGGCGCCAACUCAUCUCUCGAAGACGGCGCCGUUCUAGGCGGCCUCCUGGGCCAUCUGAAGAGCAAAUCCCACCUACCGCAGGUCCUGCGUCUAUACGAGAGUCUACGGAAGUCGAGAGGCGAGGCGAUUGUUAAGGAGACGUUCAAACAGAUGAUACGACACAAACAGAGAAACGACUUCCACAUGCCUAACGGCGAAGCGCAAGAGAAGCGGGAUCAGAUCUUUUUGUCUCAGUUAGGGAAGAAGAUCCAAGGGCCGUUUCCGAGUCGAUGGACUUGCCCCGAAGUGCAGCCGUGGUUAUACGGCUACGAUGCCAUCCAAGAGGUAGAGAAUGCGGUGGCGCAGAACCCGGAAUUGUUUUCGAAGACGAAGAACACAUCGAACUUGUAA